AUGGGAUUUUGUCCUCUAUCGGUCACCCACUCACCAUAUUUAAAUAUCUUCUAUAGUCAAAAUCUGAACAUUCCAGAGCUGCAGUUUUGGCAUCGCCGUCUCAAAAAUCUCCAGUACAUCUACGAGCAACUCAGAGAGCCUAAAGUCAGGAGCAUGGCAGUGGUCUUGGAGAGAACCAAUAGUGCUUACUUCGGCUGCUUUCAAAACACGUUCAAAAACACAGUUAUGGCUCUAUCUGAGGCCAAGGAUAUCAAUCUGUACUUGUCGCCUCUGAAAAAGCAUAUUCAAUCUCUCGAAGAAACGGAUUUUAGCGAAUGUAUUCCUCUGUUGAAGCCCUUGGUACAUGUUGUAUGUCUGAUAUGGGUCAACUGUAAGUCGUACGAUCAGGUCAAACUCAUAACUCUGCUGAAACAGAUUUGCAACUUGCUCAUACAAGAGGCAAAGAAGUUUUUGGACCCUACGACCUUAUUCCACAGUGAUAUAGACGAGGCAAUGCAAAGGGUAGCGAUGUGUUCGAAUACGCUGAAAAAUUUCGCUCAAAUUUUCAUCAGAUAUAAAGACAACUUGACCAUGGUGUUCAGAGACAAAGAUCCUAAGCCAUGGAAUUUUCAUGAGAAUAUGGUUUUUGAAAGGUUCGAUGCAUUCCUGGAACGUCUCAAGACGAUACAGUGGUUCUUCAACACGGUCCUCGAGUUCAAUAAGCUAGAGAAAAUAGAAAUUGGGGGCAUCAAGGGUAGAACUCUGAGCUCUCGCGUGACAGGAGUGUUUCAUGAAUUCCAGCAAAGCUUCUCGCAAUUUUCUGGCAAAUCCUACGAUGUGUUGGAUCCGGACGAUUCUUCAUUCAUCACGGAUUUUGAGAAUUUCAAGCAUAAAAUAUUCGAAAUGGACAUGAAAUUAGCGGCCAUUUUGUGUCAAGCUUUUGAGGACUGUUCGAACAUGGACAGUAUAUUCAAACUCAUCAAUAUUGCUGGGUCAGUUCUGGAACGACCACUCAUAAAGGAAGAAUUCACUAGUCAGUAUGAGAAAAUCUUGGAUAUGCUAGAAAUCGAAAUAAAAACUGUCGCGUCCAUUUUUGAGGAACAAUUGCAACAUAAGGAGAAAACUGGGCAAUAUAUCUUGGACAAUUAUAUGCCUCCAAUAUCAGGUAUGAUGCGAUGGACAAGAAAUUUGUGUUUAAGAAUAUCUGGACCUUUGAAGAAUUUUAAAGCACUGCAACAUCCAGUUGUUGACAGUACAGGAGGAAGGGAAUUGAUUAGAAAAGCAGAGAGUUUUAUUGAAAUGAUCAAUCAAUUGAAUGAUAAAACGUUCGUUGAAUGGGCUGAAUUGUUACCUCUAUAUAUCGAGUCUAGCCUUCAACAGUGUCUCUUAAAGAGAGACUCACAAACAUCAGAGUUGCUCUUGAACUUCAAUCCAGAGUUAACAGCUAUUCUUCGAGAAGUUCACUAUAUGAAGCUUACUGGUGAACCAAAUAUUCCAGAGAUUGUCUUGAAGCUUGCAGAACGAAACGAUGUUUUCCAGAAAUAUAUAGCCAAUUUGAAUUCCACAGUUACUUGGUAUAAUAAAAUCAGGAGAUCUUCGAAACAUGUUGAGUUCAACCUUAUCGAGAAGGAAAUUUCAGAAAUCGACAAACUGAUCGCCAUAGGUGGUGAAAACCUCAACUGGGAAUCACCAGAUUUGUGGGAUUACAUGACGAAGCUACACGACCUAGUUGGAGACCUACAGAGACAUCUUCAGCAAUGCCAAGAAAACCUAUAUGAAAUAAAACAAAUCUUAGUUCCUUUCGCUCGUCAACCCCUAUUCGAACGAAAAGAUGGCAGGAAAGACACGUUUUUGUUUUUGGAAGAGAGAGAGGAGAGACUUGAGAAACGCGUCUCAGACUUCAAAUCUAUAGCCGAACGAAUAGCGGUCCUAUUGGAGGAAAAUAUGAAACUGUUCAAGAUGGAUGGUACACCAGAAAACGAAAAAUGGAUUGAGUAUGUGGGGUAUGUGGAUAGCAUAGUCACCAGUUACUUAUACCAGUCUGUAGGAUGCAGUUUGGGUUAUAUAAAUGAACAUAUGGACCCCUACAAUGGUUUAGCACCUCUCUUUCAGUCCCAACUACAAUUACUGGAACCUAACAUAGUAUUUGUACCAUCUCUAGAGCCAUCUGACCCUGAUGGUCUUAAGAGUCUCUUGAUAGUCCUUAUGAAAGACAUCAUUGGAUCGUCGGCCGUUGUGAAGAGAUUUUCAACAACCACAUCUAUCAGCUACAAAGAAGAAAUCGAAGCAAAUCAAGAUAUUCUAGAUAUAAAAGAAGAUAUACUGUCGAACGUAGAUAAAGUUAUAGAAGAGGCCUAUGAGUUUUGCGAUCACUUUCAAAGCUAUAGUUACUUGUGGCUUGAUGAUCGUCAAGAGUAUCUCCACCAGUUCUUGAAUUUUGGCAGACAGUUAAGUGGUGAAGAGCUGGAGUACAUGGGCACUCAGGAUCCCAUGGCACCUAAACCAUGUCCCGCAAAGAUGGAACAGUUUAGGGAACAAAUUGAUAAUUACGAAAAUCUAUCAAUUGAAGUAGAUAAACUGAGUGAGGCCGAGAUAUUCCACAGCUGGUUCAAAGUGGACGUGAGACCAUUCAAGCAUGCUUUGCUCAACACAAUUAGGAAGUGGGGCAAUAUGUUCAAGCAGCACUUGGUCAACACAGUCACCACUAGCCUCUGCGAUUUGAGCCAGUUCAUAAGAUCGGCUGACGAAGGCUUACAGCAAACUGUAGGCGAGGGAGAUUACCAAGCUCUCGUAAACGUUAUGGGGUAUCUCCUUCACGUCAAGGAACGACAAGCUACUACCGACGAGAUGUUUGGACCGCUUCGUGAAACCAUAGAGCUGCUGAAAUUCUACGACCAAGAUAUACCAGAGGAAGUCAACGUUUAUUUGCAGGAGCUUCCUGAGCAAUGGAGCAACACCAAGAAGAUAGCUAUCACGGUCAAGCAACAAGUGGCACCUUUACAAGCUGCCGAGGUAACUUGCAUCAGGAAACGUAUCGUGGACUUUGACAACAGAGUGAUAUACUAUAGAGAGGUGUUCAAGAAGUAUUCUUUCUUCCAAUAUUCUUGUAUGAAUCCUUAUGAGAUGAUCGAUAAGAUUAAUAAGGAUCUGCAGAAGUUGGAGAAGAAGAUGGAAGAUAUUCAUGAAUCUGGAUCUCUGUUCGAGGUCAAUGUACCGGAUUUCAAGAUACUGAAGCAGUGCAGAAGAGACUUGAGAUUACUGAAGCAAUUGUGGGAUUAUAUCCACAUAGUCCACACCUGUGUGGACGAUUGGAAAACAACGCCUUGGAGGAAAAUCGAUGUGGAAAACAUGGACAUUGAGUGCAAGAAAUUUGCGAAGGAAGUGAAAAUGUUGGACAAAGAGAUGCGAACCUGGGAUACUUACACCGGUUUGGAAAACACUGUGAAAAACACCCUGACAUCUCUUAAAGCCGUAGGAGAACUCCAAAAUCCCGCAAUUCGCGAACGACAUUGGGAUCAAUUGAUGAACAGCACAAAGAGCUUGGCUGCCUUGCCAACUGAAUUCAAGACGAGAAUAGUCAUGGAUCACAACACAACCUUGGCAGAUCUAUUAGAACUCAACCUACACGAAUGCGAAGAAGAAGUCAAGAACAUAGUAGACAAAGCUGUGAAGGAAAUGUCCAUGGAAAAAACGCUGAAAGAACUAAACACCACAUGGUCUGCAAUGGAAUUCGAGCAAGAAACACACCUUCGUACAGGAUGUAAACUGCUAAGAGCAAGCGAAGAGUUAAUAGAAACCCUGGAAGAAAACCAGGUGCAGUUGCAAAACUUGAUAACAUCCAAAUUCAUAGCACAUUUUCUAGAGGAGGUGUCGUCCUGGCAAUACAAACUGGGUAUCGCCGACCAAGUGAUUACAGUUUGGUUCGAAGUGCAAAGAACUUGGAUGCAUCUGGAGUCAAUUUUCAUGAGCUCUGAAGACAUUCGAAAGCAACUACCAGAAGACUCCACCAGAUUCGAUAACAUAGACACCAACUUCAAGAAGCUCAUGAUAGAAAUGGCCAAAAUUCCCAAUGUCAUAGAGUCGACCAACAGACAAGGUCUUCUGGAGAUUUUGGAAGAACAUCAGAAGAAUUUGACAUUAUGCGAGAAAGCACUCGCUGUUUAUCUGGAAACCAAGAGACUUGCGUUUCCUAGAUUCUAUUUUGUUUCUUCUGCCGAUUUGCUGGAUAUACUCUCUAAUGGGAACCAACCUGAAUUGGUGGCAAAGCAUUUGACUAAAUUGUUUGAUUCAAUUGCAAAGCUGAAUUUUGGAAAAACUGAAGAUAAUACUCUAGAUAAUGUUAUCCAUGGGAUGUACGCUAAAGAUGGUGAAUAUGUGGAUUUUAAUGAACCAACCAACUGCAAUGGACCAGUUGAGGUAUGGUUGAACUCUGUCGAAUCUAGUAUGAGAGUAACGAUAAGAACGUCAAUCGGAGAUGGUGUGAAUUCCUAUGAAGAAAAACCUAGGGACCAGUGGCUGUUCGAUUUUCCAGCUCAAGUUUCCUUGUGUGGUACUCAAAUCUGGUGGACCACAGAGGUCAAUAUCGCUUUUUCUAGACUAGAGGAAGGCUAUGACAACGCCAUCAAGGAUUAUUAUAAAAAACAAGUGUCGCAGCUUAGCACACUCAUUUCUUUACUACUGGGCGAUCUCACGAAGUUGGAUAGGCAGAAAAUCAUGACUAUCUGCACUAUAGAUGUGCAUUCACGUGAUGUGGUCAGCAAGUUGAUACAGAUGAAAGUUGAAAGUGCAUUGGCUUUCCAAUGGGUUUCUCAGCUGAGGCAUAGAUGGGACGAGAAAGAGAAGCAAUGCUUUGCCAAUAUCUGUGAUGCACAGUUCAGAUAUAGCUACGAGUAUUUGGGAAAUACGCCAAGAUUGGUUAUAACUCCUUUGACAGAUCGUUGUUAUAUAACUUUGACACAGUCUCUCCAUUUGAUCAUGGGAGGAGGACCAGCAGGUCCUGCUGGUACAGGAAAAACGGAAACAACAAAAGACCUGGGACGAGCCUUAGGAAUCUCGGUCUAUGUGUUUAAUUGUUCUGAACAAAUGGACUAUAAAUCUUGUGGUAAUAUAUACAAAGGUCUAGCCCAAACUGGGGCAUGGGGAUGUUUCGAUGAAUUCAACAGGAUAUCAGUAGAAGUUCUGUCAGUCGUAGCAGUUCAAGUGAAAUCGGUUCUAGAUGCUAUCAAGAAUAAAAAAAUAACAUUCGAUUUCAUGGGUGAUCGGAUCCAAUUGGUACCAACUGUUGGAAUUUUUAUAACGAUGAACCCAGGAUAUGCUGGAAGAACAGAAUUACCUGAGAAUUUGAAAGCACUAUUCAGGCCAUGUGCUAUGGUUGUGCCAGAUUUCGAACUGAUCUGUGAAAUAAUGUUGGUUGCUGAAGGUUUCCAAGAUGCAAAAAUCCUAGCAAGAAAGUUCAUAACCCUCUACACCCUAUGCAAGGAACUUUUGUCGAAACAAGACCAUUAUGAUUGGGGACUGAGAGCUAUCAAAUCUGUCCUAGUAGUAGCAGGAUCCUUGAAGAGAGGCGAUCAUGGAAGACCUGAAGAAGAAGUACUCAUGAGAGCUUUGAGAGAUUUCAAUAUUCCAAAAAUAGUAACGGACGAUACGCCAGUAUUCAUGGGCCUCAUAGGUGAUUUGUUUCCAGCUUUAGAAGUUCCUAGAAAGAGAGAUGCCGAGUUUGAAAAAACUGUGAAACAGGCAGCGAUUGAUCUGAAAUUACAGCCUGAAGACAACUUCAUCCUCAAGGUUGUUCAACUCGAAGAAUUACUAGAAGUCAGACAUUCCGUCUUCAUUGUUGGUAAUGCAGGCACAGGUAAAACAGAAGUUUGGAAAACCCUAUUUCGUACAUACCAGAAUAUCAAAAAGAAACCUGUCUGCAACGAUUUGAACCCUAAAGCAGUAACAAAUGACGAACUUUUCGGAAUUAUCAAUCCAGCCACUAGAGAAUGGAAAGACGGACUACUGUCAGUACUGAUGAGAGAUCAAGCCAAUUUGCCAGGCGACAAUCCCAAGUGGAUCAUACUUGAUGGAGACAUUGAUCCCAUGUGGAUAGAAUCUUUGAAUACCGUAAUGGAUGACAACAAAGUACUCACUCUGGCUAGCAAUGAAAGGAUAGCUUUGACUCCAGUCAUGAGACUGCUAUUCGAAAUUUCCAAUUUGAGGACUGCUACCCCUGCAACUGUUUCCAGAGCUGGAAUUCUUUAUAUCAAUCCUCAAGAUCUUGGUUGGAAUCCGUAA